UAAGGUCAAUAUGACAUUUUAUAUAAAUGCUUGUACAAUGCUUUAUGUAAGGAAAUUUUCAGUCAUAACCCAGCAAUAUGUAUUUGUUGUCUUGUGAUUUUUUAUAUUGUAGAGGUACACAUAAAUGAAUAAAAACUUACAUAUCCUGUUUAAAGGCUAAGAGAUCCUUUCCUCUCUGUCCUCUCAAAUAGAGCCACAUGCCCCUGGGAGGGUGGAAGCCACUGAUGUGCAGAGCAGGUCAGUGACUCUGUGCUGGGAAAGACCGGUCAGCAUGGAGGGAGUUUCUCAUGAGACCCACAUCACCUACAGCUGUGAGGGAGAAGAGCCCAGAUCACAGAUAUGUGCACUCAACAUCACCACAGCUGUCCUUUCUGAUCUGAGACCUGGGAUGAAAUAUACUUUCAACAUCACUGCAGUCCUUCCAAACGGCAGCUGCCGCAAGACCAGCUCAACAUCCAUACAAACAAGAACUAGUCUGGAUGAGCUGGUGUGUGACUUUGGACUGGAACACCACCUGAAGAACAAGCUGACUCUGAGCAAGGUGCUGGAGAUUGAUGGAGAGACUUUAACUGAUGAAAGCAUCCAGUCUCUGAAAUCUCUGCCGUGGUGUUUCCUGAGGAAGCUGAUGAUGGUGAAUGUGACUGCUAGGAGUGUGAGGUGCGCCUCAAAACAGGACAUGACUUCCCAAAACCUGGACAGCUUAAUGGACACCCUGUGCAAUCCACAGGCCAGCAGCAACAGAGUCAACCCUCUGGACCUCAUAACCGCUGUGUUUCUCUGCUCAGAUGGCUUUCUCCAGCAGGAGAUGGUUUUGAAAAUGUCCAUGUGCCAGUUCUCUGUGCCUCUGCUCCUUCCUAAGUGUUAUACACAGCAGUGCACUUUAAUGCUCUGGGCCAUGAGGGAUGUUGUGAAAAAGUACAAGCCGCACUCUUUAACAGACCAAAGAGGGUCUGUGGAGGAGAGCAUUGUUCUCUCUAAGCUCCCCAUGAUCUCUUUUGUGAGGCUGGGAAACAGCAGCAUGUCCAAGUCUCACAUUGUGAACCAGCUUCUCAGUAGCCCUCAGGAGCACCACGAAACCUUUGUUCACAGAAACAUGGAGUGUGGUAACACCCCAAGGAGGAUUUCCAACGGGUUGGUGGAGAUCAGCUG